AUGUUUGAAGGUCACGAUAUAAAGGCUGCUCAUGAUAAAACUGUUAUAGCAGCGGUUCUGAUAAUGAUGCUGGUUCUGGCUCUGGCUCUAGUGUUGGUACUGACCAUCAUUCUCCCUGUCAUCCUUCUUCCUCGUAAUGGUUAUGGUCGUGAUAACAUGGACAAAAUUUUAAAUGGUACAAAUAAUCAUCACGAAAAUAAUGAUGAUCAUGAUCAUGAACCCAAUAAUUAUUAUGAAGAUAUGAACAAUGAAAGGGACCAAACGUUUCUCUAUACAAUUGAAGAGAUUGCACCUAUGGCUAAACGUUUACACAAGUCAACACCUAAUAUUGCUUCUCGGUUGUCUAAGGAAAUUUCAGACAUUGAGUUAGUCAAUAUUAUCAGACGUAUGGAAGAAUAUGUUCGAUUCUUAGAAAUUCCUAAUUUUUCAUGUAGUGCUACUGCGAUAAUCACAUCCUUGGAUCGUCAACUAAUGUCUGGAAAAAUGAUCAUUUUCGUUGCCGAUGACACCCGUUUAAAAGCGUCAUUUUUGUAUAACUAUGAGUAUCGUGAAAAUGCUAAGCUCGCGCUGGCAUUCAACCAGAAACUGGACGAAGAACAAAGCCCGAAUUUUAUAAUUCAGAAAAUGGAAAAGGAUAGUCUAAAUGCCCAAAAAAGGCGAGAAAUACCAAAUGCAUCAGUUUGCAAGCUCACAAGUAAUGACAUACUGAAAGCAUUUAUCACUGAAAUUUUUAGCGCGAGAGCAGCAGAACGUAUGAUUAAAUGGUUACAUCUUAUCAGUAAUGGAAGCAUUCCAGAUGUCCUUUUACAUGGAACAAAAUAUUAUCAGGAGGAUGAUGAAAUAGAUGGCAUUGAACCUAUAAAUCCAGAUUAG